UCGGCCGGCCUCGAGUCCCCCGGCGCCCGGUUGUAUCUCUUCGUCCAGCUCGUCGCCGAGCUCAGUCCGUUGCCAGUCCCCGUUCCAGUCUCCCUCCCAGUCAAGGUCCCAGUCUCGGACGCGGACUCGGACCCGGACCCGCUCACGGUCUCGUCUCGCCAGCCUCUCUUCGGACAACUUGGCUGGCCCGCCGGAGCUGACGCCACUUUGCCACGGACUGCCGAGCAUUGA